AUGCAUCCUUCCACCCGCUCCGUCCCGUCACUGCGGCUCACACGCCGACGCGAGAGCCGGACACUGCAUCGCAACGGACCGCCAAGCCAAGGACGCCAGCCGGCUGCGAGGUCGGAUGGCUUGAGCAUCCGCCUCGCCCCGACCGAUGCGCUCAUACAGUACUGGAUCCGUAGCUGGGCCUUCGUGCUUGCGCCUCGACGACGACGACGAUCCAACCUGCCAAGGUUUAGCCGAUCCCAUGGAUCUAGAUCCUGCAUGCUCGAGAUGCCAUCACCGUCCCGACGUCGAGCCCACGGUGAUGCUGGCUCAAGGCAGUGUGGUGGGAUGACCCCGACCGCUGCAGCUAGGCAAGCAAGAGCAUGUGCUCUGCCCUCACUGCCCUCGAAGAACAGGCAGCUCCUGCCCCCCUCUCGCGACUUUCCUUUAUCAUCUUGGCCUCCCUCGUCCCUCCCGUUUCCUUCCUUUCCCUCCAUACGCUGCGCGGCAUCAACCACCACCGACCUCGACGGUUCCCUCCCUUUCCGACGCCCUUCAAGACUGGUUCUGGGGUUGCCAUCUUCUCUUCUCCGUUUGCUUUCCUUCUCUCUUGGCCUGCCGACCUUGCACUUUCCUUUCGAGCCAAGUCCCUUUUCCUUUCUCAAGAGGCCGGUCCUCAAGCUCUCGUCCACGAAAAACACAUUCCUUCUUCGUUUGCUCCUCGUUUUCCUUAUUCCUCGUGGACGGAGCUCCUCACCCUUUCAAAUCGGAGAAGAGAGGCAUCGGAAAGACCGUCGUAGAUUCAGUGGAUCGAGCCGCGUCCAGCCCAUCAAGAAGACCCCUGCAAGACCGCGUCCGCGCAAGACUUCGCGAUCAAUACCGACGAUGAUGCAGAUGUCGGCCCGCCUGCUGGCGUUUCUGCUGCUGCUGAUCUACAUCGGAGCGAUCGACGUACGCAACGCGAUCAGAGGGCAGGACGGCGACGAUGCCCUGGCACCGGUCGGCUUCCCCCCAUCGGCGGCUGCGCUGCCGGUGGCGCGGGCCACGUCCAAGAAGAAGCCAGCCAAGCCGAGGGUCGGCGUCGUCAUCAAAAAGGGGAAGAAGCUCAUGGCCAAGGUCAACUCGCCCUCGAGCGGCGGCGACGGGAGCGCUGGCGAGUCGAGCUCCAGAACGCCUCAGAGCGCGGCCAAGUCCGAUCCGGCGUCCUCGUUCUCGGACACGCCGGGGAGGGUGGGCAUGACUUUGCAGCUCAAGCGGCUCGAGAACCCCAAUGGCGGCGAUCCACUGAUGCUCUACCAACAUCACAUCAACCGCGCCAACGCCAAGCUGGCGUCGAUGUUCAAGCGGGCUCCCGUCAGCCCGGAGCAGAUGCAGAAGGCGCUCGCGAAGAGAAGGCUGAGCGUUCUAGCCCGACGCUCCAUAGGCCUCGAAGCUCGAGCCGUCCCUGUGUCUGCCUCCGUGUUGUCAUACCCGCCAUCGCGGCGUUCUGGCCUCGCGCCCGCCCAAGCCUCGCUGGCCGUCGGUCAGCGCCACGUCAAUCCUCGCCUCGGGUACACCAAGAACGCCAAGACGGGCCUCGCUGCCCAGAAGCGCUUGCUCGGUGGUCUGCUGGACGGCAUCCUUGGAACGGGAGGUUCUGACUCGACCACUCAGACCGCCGCUCCCGCUCCAGUUGCCCCCUCGGCCACCCCGACAGCAUCUACUUCGCCGACGCCUUCGACCACCUCAGCGGCUACCGCAGCGGCAUCGGUCGCGCCCGCGGUCGCGGCGGUCGCGUCAGAAGAUGCGGAGACUGGAUUCCCCGAGUCUGAUCUGACCGCCUCGACCGCUGCGGACCUCUUCAAGGCCGAGGACCCCACCGCUGCGCAGAGCCUCGGGCUCGACAUUGAAGCCAACGACAUUGGCUACGUUGUCACGGUCGAGAUUGGCAGCGAGAAGCUGCCCUUCCGGAUGCUGGUCGACUCGGGCUCAGCCGAUACCUGGGUCCCGAGCACGUCGUGCACCGAGUGCAGCGACUCGCACCAGCGCCUGGGCACGUCGACGUCGACGACGUUCCGCGAGAUUGACACCAAGUUCUCGAUCGUCUAUGGCACGGGCGACGUGCAGGGCAAGCUGGCCGAGGACAGCCUGACGGUGGCCGGCAUGACGCUGCCGCAGCACACGUUUGGGCUGGCCGAAAAGGAGUCGGACGACUUUAGCGGCGACGACGUGCCGUUCGAGGGCCUGAUUGGGCUGGCCAAGACGGAGUUGAGCAACGCGGGCGUGCCGACGCCCAUCGAUGCGCUCUACAAGGCCGGGCUGGUCGACGUGCCCGUCAUGGGCUACCACCUCGGCCGCGUCUCGGACGGGUACAACGACGGCGAGGUGACCUUUGGCGGCGUGGACCCGUUCAAGUUUGAAGGCUCGCUCACCGAGGUCGACAACGUCUCGACCGAGGGCUUCUGGGAGGCGCCGAUCGACCGGAUCAGUUUCGGUGGAAAGGAUCUGGGAAUGGACGGAAGGACCGCCAUCCUGGAUACCGGAACCUCGUUGAUCGUGGCGCCCCAGAGCGACGCCGAUGCGCUCCACGCCGCCAUCGAGGGCAGCAAGCCCGAUGGUCAGGGCGGCUACACCAUCCCGUGCACGACGACGGCGUCCGUGUCGCUGACGUUUGGCGGCCGCGAGUUUGGCAUCGACCCGCGCGACCUCAUCUUCCUGCCCGUCGACGCCGACGACCUGCUGGGCGACUGCGUCAGCGCCGUCUCGGCCGGCGACGUCGGCGGCAAAAACGAGUGGCUCGUCGGCGCCGCGUUCCUCAAGAACGUCUACUUUGCCACCAACGCAAAGACCAACACCAUCGGCCUCGCCCCGAUCUCGCAGCGCAACGCCACGGCCUCGUCGUAG